AUGCCCACUUAUGAGAAGUCUGCCAGUGCCGAUGCAGUGACGGCCACUGGUGAGAAGCAUGCCGGUAAAGAUCGAUCGGAGUUGAGCAGUCAGGUCUCCUCACGGCAACGACUGCCGUCCUUGCACAGCCUUUUCGGGCCACCGUCCUCCAUCCGCUCUCUUCAUUCUCCGUCUGAAAGAGAACCAUUGUAUCUUGCUCAGUCACCACUUGACCGAUCCCGGAUAUCACCAGGUAUUGGGAACAAUAGCGCUUCGUAUUUCCCCCCUCCGGCAUCACCGCCAGUUUCACAACCUCGAAGCACCUACGAUUCACGUCUAGAUGCCCACUCUCUAGCUCGCUCCUUCUCCGGACUACGAUCUCCGAAAUAUCAUGAUCAGCAUCGCUGCAGAUCUGACUCCAGAGCCGAGUCUGAGAGCAGCAAAUGGUCGGUUCAUCAGGAUAUCAGCCGGCACGAGUAUUCCUUAGGAUCGAGAGAUCCCACGCAUCGCUCCCCAGAUGGCCGUGCGCGGACUCAACUUCCUGCAUCAAAAGACCCGCCCAGAGAUUAUCCUGCUCAGCGAACAACGCAGUCCAGCUCUACUGCGCCGCUCACUCCGGAAGGCUCUGCGGCUUCAGAGGGUGUGCCAACGAAGGAUGGUCUUGGCCCCAAGAUCUGGACGGGAACGCACUUCUUGCCUAGGUUUGUUCGAGCAGCCGAUGUCCCGGGAGAAGGCAUGUGCUAUUUCUACGAUGACGGGAGUCAUUGCAAGACCGUGAUUGAUGGUGAGGCAGUAAAUGCCCACUGGGGUGUGACUAAAGCCGGCAAACCUCGAAAGAGGCUGGCCAUAGCUUGCAUCACCUGCCGUGAGAAGAAGAUUAAAUGUGACCCUGAUUAUCCGAGAUGUGUUCAGUGCGAAAAGUUUGGACGUGUCUGCAAAUUCAAAAAUGCUCCGAGGGGAGGGCACAACACGUCGCCUUCUACUCCGCCGGCUGAACUCGAUGAUAAGCGAAAGAGCGGGGGAUCGUCGAGACAGAAUGAUGCGAGGCUCUCAACUAGUGGAUCAACCUCUCCAAUCUCGCCCCGCGUUGUUCUGCAGCAACCUUCUUCACCAGAAACGAGCUAUGUCAACAAGAGGCUCAAGCUCAGCUCGGAUGCAUAUGCAACAAAUGGCGAGCCAAUGGCUGAAAUACGCCAGCCGAUGGAUUACUCGAAAUCUCCUCUGUCCGUUCAACAAUCAUCCUCGGAGCUGCCUCGAAUACCUGAUGAUGUGCUGUAUAGGGCAUGGCGGACAGACCCGUAUGUGUCCGAUCCCCAGUCUAUUAGCACAGUUCUCUCGCAAUUCUUCGGCCACAUCGACAAUGCUAUCGUUAUUCCUUUCCUUCCCGAGGAUAUUUUCAAGUCGUGGGUCGCCAGCACCACGUAUAGAAAGUCGUCAGACGACUUGAUGCUCUUGUACAGCGUCUUGGCCGCCGGCGUUGUCUUGUCUGGCGGCCCUAGGCACAUCGCUUUCGAGUACGCACAGGUCGCCCAUUAUGCCCAGAAGACUUCAACUACACCAUCGCUUCACUUGGUUCAAUCCAGAAUUUUGUUGGCCCUGUAUAGCUUGGCUACUUCUCGAUUCUGGGAGGCCAACGAACUGGUCUCCUCCGCAACUGCCGCCGGCGCUUGUUUGCAACUCAAUGAAGAAAUCGACAGAUCGAAAGACGCUGACUUGGCCGUGUAUCCAUUUGGCAUGACGCGAACGUGCUAUGCAGAGACAAGACGACGAACAUUAUGGUCGUUGUUUCUGCUGGAACGACUCAGCCCGUUGUUUCCUACGAGGCCGACCAUGAUUCAUGCGGAAGACAUAUACAUUCGCCUGCCGUCUGAUUCAGAGAGUCUUGAGAAGCAACUAGAUGCACGGAUGCCCAUGUUCAAUCCGUACGAAAGCAGCUUUCAUCAUUUCAACGAGAAGCCUGCUGAUAUCACAUGCCACCUCGUCGAGAUGGUCCAUGUUUGGUCAUCUUGCCUGUCAACAAUUCACAGAUUGGCCUGCAGACCCAACGGAUCCGACGCUGAAGGCCUGCGAGUCCGCAUUUUGACCAAGAGAGUCCAUGACUGGCACUCCGCGCUCCCGUCGAGAUUGUCUUUUUGUGCCUCCAAUCUGGAGGCGGCAGCAUUUUCCGGAAAGGUCGGAUCAUUUCUGACUAUGCAUCUCCUCUGCCACCAUGCCCUUAUCCAACUUAACCGAUAUCAUCUGGCUGUUGGUGAAUUGUCUGCUGAAUAUCGCUCCAGUCACCUCCAAGAGUGCCGGGACAACGCGAGGAGUGUCAUUGAUGUUGUGGGCUGCUUGGAUGGCCUCUUACGUAUCCGACCAACCGCUCUGAGCACGUCUCCGCCAGUCAUGGCCAUUGCCGUAAUCACCGCCGUGGACGUCUUGACUUCAAGAGGGCCCCUUAGGGUCAUGAACGACGUGAUCGAUAGCAUUGGCAUUGCUAAAACAGCAGUGGAUAGUAGCGCAAACAUCUGGGAGCAUGCCCGCCCUUCUCAGAUGGCUUUAGACCAACGACUCCAAACGCUGUAUAAAAUUCGCGACCAGGGCUCCAGAGAAAGAUCCGCUGAUGACUUUUGUGUACGCAACUUCGCCAGCGAUGGCACCGAGCAACCUCACUGGCAGAUCCUGCGACCUUUGAUGCAACUAUAUCCCGUCAAUAUGGAUGUUGUCUAUUUCUCACCAAAUUAA